GUAAUUUGAAGACAGCUAGAGAAGGUGCUAUAAUUGAAUAACAAGAAUCACAGACACCAAUAUUUAUGUACACCCAAAUGCCAAAAUUAAACCAAACUAUUUAUAUAAAUGCAUUGCAUUAGAAUAUUGGCUUGGGUUUAAAUUAACCAAGACAUCAAAAGUUACAACUGCAACAACAAAAAAAACAACCAAAACAAUUGAAAUAUAAAACAUAUAUCCAAUUGAUCACAUUCUUUGUCUUCAAGGUUGUUUUUCUUUGUUGUUGUGAAUUCGAUCAAUCACCGUUCACCAUGGGUAAGGGCGACAUUGAGAGUGGAUUUCACGGCGACCUUUAUCCGGGGAUGAUGGAGUCACCUGAGCUCCGGUGGGGUUUCGUCCGCAAGGUUUACGCCAUUGUUUCAAUUCAGCUUCUUUUCACGGCUGCAUUCGCUUCCAUGUUUGUGUUUUUUCCACCUGCAAAGAAUUUCGUGCUCCACAAUGAAUUUUGCAUCUUUGUCCUCAUUGGUGCUUUCAUCUUCACAAUCAUAACUUUGUUAGUGUUGAGCAAAUAUUAUAAGAAACACCCGGUGAAUCUAUUUCUUCUUGGGCUCUAUACUCUUGGCAUGUCCGUUACAGUUGGAUUUGUUUGUGCUUUUUCCAAGGCAUUGAUAGUCGCAGAGGCAGCAUUUCUGACGGGUAUGGUGGUUUGUAGCUUGACACUAUACACAUUUUGGGCCGUUAAAAGAGGCCAUGAUUUUAGUUUCCUUGGCCCUUUCCUCUUUGCUUCUCUUAUGGUCAUGUUGAUGUUCGCACUUAUUCAGAUGUUUUGCCCUCUUGGACCACUUGGACGUAUGGUAUAUGCUGGCUUGGGAGCAUUAAUAAUGUGUGGUUUCAUAGUAUAUGAUACUUGUGACCUCAUUAAAAGAUACUCCUAUGAUGACUACAUUUGGGCUGCCAUUGCUAUCUAUGGUGACAUUAUCAACCUCUUCAUCUAUAUCCUUCAAAUUUUGAAUGACUGUUAAGAUGAGAUGCUUCAAACCUUUUUACUAUAGCUAGAUAUGAUGUGUUCUUAGUUUGUCCCUUCUCUUCCAAUCCCAUUUGAUAUUUUACUUUUAGAUUCAAAGGGUUCACUACUUUGAGAAAAAGAAAUUAUUAUGUAUGCCUCUUGUUAUGUAUAUCAUUGUUUCUUCUUCUCUUUUGGAAAAAAUAUUCAAGAAUCAAACUUUUCAAUUUAACUUAUGUCUUUAAUACAUUUUGAUCAUUAAAAUUCA